CCAGGUUCCUCAUCUUUUCUGCAUUCAAACGCUUCCGAGAAAGCAAAGCACUCGAUCGAUCGAUAGAUCGAUCGGGCUCACCACAUCCAGCUUUCCAGUCCUCGAUCAUCUUUGCUCAAGUGCUAUCAGCAGCUAGCUAGCUUCGACGCGCGAUCUCUGCUCGUUCGACGAUUCGUCGUGCUCAACAAUCCAUGGCGUAUGGCAAGAGGACACGGCAGAAGGCCGAGGAGAUGGUCUGGCUGCCCGACGGCGCCGACGUCGCGCGCUUCCUGCUGCUCUUCUCGGGAGACCACCAGCACCACUACCACGGCGCCGGCGGCGUGGCAUCCACGGACGCGGCCUCCUCGGCGCCCGAGCGGGUGUUCGAGUGCAAGACCUGCAACAGGCAGUUCCCGUCUUUCCAGGCGCUCGGCGGCCACCGGGCCAGCCACAAGAAGCCCCGCCUCGCGGACGGCGGCGUCGACGCCGCCGCGGCCGAGCCGCCCAAGCCCAAGGUACACGGCUGCUCCAUCUGCGGUCUCGAGUUCGCCAUCGGCCAGGCGCUCGGCGGCCACAUGCGCCGCCACCGGGCUGCCGAUCAGGCGGACGGCGGCAGCCCCGGACUCGGGCUUGGCCUCAGCCUCGGCACCGGGCUACUCGCCCCGAAAGACGACAGCGGCAAGAAGACCGCGCCGCCGGCCGAGCUCGUGCUGGACCUUAACGCCGUGCCGGAGCUGGAGGAGGAGCAGGAUCGCGCCAGGCUCUCCAUCGAAUUCCCCGUAGCAGUAGUUGACUUCUUACGUUAAAGAAAGAACAUGGAAUAGAUUGAUCUUCUCGGUUCCAUUUUUUAAUUAUUAUUAUUACAUUAUUACUACAAUCAUUAAGCCGCCCCAGCGGUCAACCUCGAAGCAUUAGAAAUUCCAGAGUACCUACAUGGUUUUUUUCUCAGAAAUGUAUGAGGAUGCUUCUAA